AUGCCACUAGCGCACGUGAUGUGGCUAGUCGGUUGCGGCUACACCGACAAUCCGAGAGAAAUAGAAAAGCUAUCGAGGUGCUUGGCGUGGUGCGUGGUGCCAGCGGUAGUGGGACUAUUCUUGACUGGAAAUAUCUUCUACGGGGGUGAACGGCCUUCCAUCGUAGUGAGAAUGGCGUACGCGGCUGUGCAACGCAGCGCCGUGGGCGUCCUGACGGCGUUUAUGAUUCUCUCCUUGGUUAUGAGGGCUGAAGACUUCCAGCGGCGCAUUCUCGAAUGGGACGGCUGGGUCGUGCCAAGCAGGCUCUCCUACUGCGCGUUCUUGUUGCACGUCGAUAUUGUUCACGCCAUGCUCGGAGCAAGAAGCCAACUGGCGCACGUUUCAUUCCUAUACGUGAUUAUCAAUCACCUGGGGAUUGUGACGCUGUCUUAUUUGUUGGCGGUGCCGUGUUACCUGAUGGUGGAAGCCCCAUUCACGCAGCUCAACAAAGCCAUCUUCGAAAAGAAAUUUAUGCCGCCCACGAAGAAGACGAUG